AUGAUACAUGUCAACUCUUUUGAGAUUUGUAUUAUAAUGUUUGCAAUCUUGUUCGCAGGACAGCACGAAAAAAUGGCAACUUACCCUUCUAAGGUAUCGCUUUGUUUGAUAGCGUUGUUUGCGAUAUUAUUCUUGGCUCGUGCUACGAGUGGCAACAAAACUAAUCAGCCAUCAAACAACAUGGUAGGUGACACAGAAACUGCCUCUGAUAAGUCAGACGAAAUAUAUGUAAAUUUUUGACGAUGCACUUGAAAACUUGGCGCAUUGAACAAACAAUCUAAAUUCAAGUAUCAUUGAUCAACAGUACUUCCUGUAUACGCAGCAAAUGAGACUUCUAAGACAAAAAGUGUACAUUUUAGCUGAAACGCCAAAUCGUAUAUUUACGGUGUUAUGUCGUUGAGGAAAAUUUUUAAUGUGCGGCUCUUGCGUACAAAAGAGAGAAUUGUGAUAGCUGCUCAAUUUAAAUAAUGAUAUCAUCAAAGCCGAUUGACAAAUUUGUAGUUUAUUUUUCCUCCAAUUUACCAGGCCUCUCCCGUCUACUAUGCUGGGAUUCCCGGCAUGCAUGGUAAACCUGGUUCCCCUGGGGUACCAGGCCGCGACGGACGAGAUGGCCGUGAAGGAGCCAAGGGUGAUCAAGGUAUUCCAGGGAAGACUGGACCCCAGGGGCCUCCAGGACCUAGCGGAAACCCUGGUGUUAACGGAAAUGAUGGCGCUAAAGGAGAACGCGGAGCCCAAGGACCCCCAGGACAAAAGGGGGAACGCGGGGAGAGUGGAUUAAGUGGAACCCCUGGGAAUCCAGGUCUGAUGGCUUUUAAGAACUGGAAGGAAUGCGUUUGGAAAAACAUCAAUGAUGACAAAGAUCAAGGGCUCAUCAAGGUUAAUACAUUUUUGGGUAUCUUUCGCAUUAUUCGAAGAUAUGUUAACCGACAUAAAAUUAUCCUACAUGUUCUAACCCUUGAACUCUUAAGAGUGAACAACGUCUAAAUUCUCUCUAAACUGGCUUAUUCAACAUAAAGGGUUUUGAGAAAAAGGAACUGAUCAGCAAGUAAAAGGAGCGUUCUUUAUUGAACAAAUUCUUCUCUUCAGUGCAAUAGGUAAGGAGGACAGUGUUAAGAGCAGGCAUGCUCAUAUUACGAUUCAAGGGAUUAUUGUAACUAUCGCAAUAUGGCUUCGUAAUUCUUGUUCAACAUUUUUUCUUUUUGAAGUAGAUAACGCUGGGAAACAUCGAAUAAUGAGCCUGGUUCUAGCUCUGUUUUUUUGUUGUUGUAGUUGUAGUUGUUAUUAUUAUUUUUAUUUUUUGCACAGGAAUGUGUGUUCACCAAAAACUUCUCAGACACAGCCCUUCAUGUGUACUGGAUGGGUACUCUUAAAACCCAUGGGAAAGAUGCAUGUAAACGCUGGUACUUUACUUUCAACGGCGCGGAAUGUUCAGCCCCUCUGACCAUUGAAGGUGUUGUGUACGUGAGAAGUACAACUGUAAAUCCCCAUCGUGUUCGCCAUAUCGAAGGCUACUGUAACAACAUCCACAAAGGAAAGGUGCGCGUGGGAUUCUGGGUUGGUACUUGCCCUGGCUACAGUCCAAACUUUGACGCCUACACGGGAUGGAAUUCUGUGUCCCGAAUAUUCGUAGAAGAGGUUCCCAGAGCUCAAGCUUAG